ACUCCUAACUUAAGCAUUUAUUCCACUGGGAUAGAAGCGGUAGGAUGGCAGCGUUGGCACGGCGAACCAUGGCUGGGAUUUUGUAUUUCGUCUUCUUUUCGUGUCUCUUUGGGAUUUGCGACGCUGUCACCGGUUCUAGAGUGUACCCCGCGAAUGAAGUUACUUUAUUGGAUUCCAGAUCUGUUCAGGGAGAACUUGGGUGGAUAGCAAGCCCUCUGGAAGGAGGGUGGGAGGAAGUGAGUAUUAUGGAUGAAAAAAACACACCAAUCCGAACCUACCAAGUGUGCAACGUGAUGGAACCGAGCCAGAAUAACUGGCUGCGAACUGAUUGGAUCACCCGAGAAGGGGCUCAGAGGGUGUACAUCGAGAUUAAGUUCACCUUGCGGGACUGUAAUAGUCUCCCGGGAGUUAUGGGGACUUGUAAGGAGACAUUUAACCUGUACUACUACGAGUCAGACAACGACAGGGAACGCUUCAUCCGAGAGAGCCAGUUUGCUAAGAUCGACACCAUUGCUGCCGACGAGAGCUUCACCCAAGUGGACAUUGGCGACAGAAUCAUGAAGCUCAACACUGAGAUCCGGGAUGUUGGGCCUCUGAGCAAGAAGGGGUUUUACCUGGCUUUUCAAGAUGUGGGCGCCUGCAUUGCCCUGGUGUCCGUCCGUGUGUUCUAUAAGAAAUGUCCACUCACCGUGCGCAAUCUGGCCCAGUUUCCAGACACCAUCACAGGGGCUGAUACCUCCUCCCUGGUGGAGGUUCGAGGAUCUUGUGUCAACAACUCGGAAGAGAAGGAUGUGCCAAAAAUGUACUGUGGGGCAGAUGGUGAAUGGCUGGUCCCCAUUGGCAACUGCCUAUGCAAUGCUGGCCAUGAAGAGCAGAAUGGAGAAUGCCAAGCUUGCAAAAUUGGGUAUUACAAGGCUCUCUCCACGGAUGCCACCUGUGCCAAGUGUCCACCUCACAGCUACUCUGUCUGGGAAGGAGCCACCUCGUGUACCUGUGACCGAGGCUUUUUCAGAGCUGCCAAUGAUGCUGCAUCCAUGCCCUGUACCCGCCCACCAUCUGCUCCCCUCAACUUGAUUUCAAAUGUCAAUGAGACAUCAGUGAACUUGGAAUGGAGUAGUCCUCAGAGCACAGGUGGCCGUCAGGACAUUUCUUACAAUGUGGUCUGCAAGAAGUGUGGAGCUGGAGACCCCAGCAAGUGCCGACCCUGUGGAAGUGGGGUCCACUAUACCCCACAGCAGAAUGGCCUGAAAACAACCAAAGUCUCCAUCACUGACCUCCUGGCACACACCAACUAUACUUUUGAAAUCUGGGCCGUGAAUGGAGUGUCCAAGUAUAACCCAAGUCCAGACCAAUCAGUGUCUGUCACUGUGACAACCAACCAAGCAGCACCAUCAUCAAUUGCUUUGGUUCAGGCCAAAGAAGUAACCAGAUACAGCGUGGCUCUGGCUUGGUUGGAACCAGAUCGGCCCAAUGGGGUUAUCCUGGAGUAUGAAGUCAAGUAUUAUGAAAAGGAUCAGAAUGAACGAAGCUACCGUAUAGUUCGGACAGCAGCCAGGAACACAGACAUCAAGGGUCUGAACCCUCUGACUUCCUAUGUUUUCCAUGUGCGAGCCCGGACAGCAGCUGGCUAUGGAGACUUCAGUGAGCCCUUGGAAGUCACGACCAACACAGUGCCUUCCAGGAUCAUCGGAGAUGGGGCCAACUCCACCGUCCUCCUGGUGUCUGUGUCGGGCAGCGUGGUGCUGGUGGUCAUUCUUAUUGCAGCUUUUGUCAUCAGCAGAAGACGGAGUAAAUAUAGUAAAGCAAAACAAGAAGCAGAUGAAGAAAAGCAUUUGAAUCAAGGUGUCAGAACUUAUGUGGAUCCCUUUACAUAUGAAGAUCCUAACCAAGCAGUUCGAGAAUUUGCCAAGGAAAUUGAUGCAUCCUGCAUUAAGAUUGAAAAAGUCAUAGGAGUUGGUGAAUUUGGUGAAGUCUGCAGUGGGCGUCUCAAAGUGCCUGGCAAGAGAGAGAUCUGUGUUGCCAUCAAGACCCUGAAAGCUGGUUAUACAGACAAGCAGAGGAGAGACUUCCUGAGUGAGGCCAGCAUCAUGGGACAGUUUGAUCACCCAAACAUAAUUCACUUGGAAGGCGUCGUCACCAAAUGUAAACCAGUAAUGAUCAUUACAGAGUACAUGGAGAAUGGCUCUUUGGAUGCGUUCCUCCGGAAGAAUGAUGGUCGAUUCACAAUCAUCCAGCUAGUGGGCAUGCUCCGUGGUAUCGGUUCUGGAAUGAAGUACCUAUCUGACAUGAGCUAUGUACAUCGUGACCUGGCUGCACGGAACAUCCUGGUAAACAGCAACUUGGUCUGCAAAGUGUCUGAUUUCGGCAUGUCACGAGUGCUAGAGGAUGACCCGGAAGCAGCUUAUACCACUAGGGGUGGCAAGAUUCCUAUCCGGUGGACCGCGCCAGAAGCAAUCGCCUAUCGUAAAUUCACAUCAGCGAGUGAUGUAUGGAGCUAUGGAAUCGUUAUGUGGGAAGUGAUGUCGUAUGGAGAGAGACCCUACUGGGAUAUGUCCAAUCAAGAUGUGAUUAAAGCCAUCGAGGAAGGCUAUCGGCUACCCCCACCCAUGGACUGUCCCAUUGCGCUCCACCAGCUGAUGCUGGACUGCUGGCAGAAGGAGAGAAGCGAUAGGCCUAAAUUUGGGCAGAUUGUCAACAUGUUGGACAAACUCAUCCGCAACCCCAACAGCUUGAAGAGGACAGGGACAGAGAGCUCCAGACCUAACACUGCCUUGUUGGAUCCCAGCUCCCCUGAAUUCUCUGCGGUUGUAUCAGUAGGUGACUGGCUGCAGGCCAUUAAAAUGGACCGGUAUAAGGAUAACUUCACAGCUGCUGGUUAUACCACACUAGAGGCUGUGGUGCACAUGAACCAGGAGUAAGUACUCAGCGAUGUAACACGAAAGGUGACCUGGCGAGAAUUGGCAUCACGGCCAUCACACACCAGAAUAAGAUUUUGAGCAGCGUCCAGGCAAUGCGAAGCCAGGUGCAGCAGCUGCACGGCAGAAUGGUUCCUGUCUGAGCCAGUACUGAACAAACUCAAAACUCUUGAAAUUAGUUUACCUCAUCCAUGCACUUUAAUUGAAGAACUGCACUUUUUUUACUUCGUCUCCGCCCUCUGAAAUUAAAGGAAAAAUAUCUGCGGGAUUGCUUGGUGUACGGAUCGCUGAAUCUGUGGGGCUUUACAGAAAUGACAGCCGGUCAUUGGAAUUAGACCUGGAACAAACGGUUUCCCGGAAGUACCUAAGUAUCGCCAGUCUGUAAAAUACAUGUACCUAUAUAAAUAGAACUCCGCCUCUGAGUUUCCAUGCUGUAUUUGCUGGCAGACACUGAGCUUCUCGGGGAUACUUGAUCCUUCUUCUGUUUGGAAUUACAACCCUAGUGUUUUGUUUGUGGCAUAAAUUACAGUCAUUUCCCUUCACUGGAGCGAAGACCCUGCCCAGGAACGGCUGUGAAGGACUCAGUUGUAGCUGUUAGGACCUGAUCACAGCAAGGAAGAAGAGAUGGUGGAAAAGCCCAUGGGUCUAGCUUCUUUGAUGUCCCCGGCACCUGGUGGAUUCUGCUGACAUAAGGGGGCUGGAAAGAACAGGAAAGAGGAUUAAAAACAACACAGAAGCCAAGCCCCAGAACCCCGAACUGGACAAAGGAAGUCUGUUUCUUUGGGCCCGAGACUGUGCCAUAUAAAGUCUUAUUUGUGGACCCUGCAAACUUAUCAUAACUAUCUUAUGGAUAAAGGGCUGUGACAAUCUGGAAUAGGACACUUUCACACUCCCCUCCUUUAAAGAAGCAACCCUAGAUCUAUAAGGGAGUCGAUUCUGCUAUCUCAGCUCACAGCCCUUCCUGUCGAUUACAAAGCCCUUUAAAGAAAACAGAACACACCCCCCUCAGUUCCUUCCAAACGUGUUUCUUCUGCUUCUGUGACACUGACUGGGGGCAAAGACACAGAUGAAAUAACACCUUUACCUGAAGAGGAGAAAUGUGUGACUGUAGGACCCCAUUUCCCAGGGAAGUCAGCAGAAUUCAAGCUCAGCGUCUGUUCUCCGAUUGCGUGGAGGAAGUACUGUCUCACGGCACCAGCUCCAGCUCCGCAGAGUCCUUGCUCCCAGAUUCCUCGUGGUUUUAUUUAUACGUAUUUCCAUAUCUCACUCCUGUAUGCCGCUGCUGCGUCAGUGUGGCAGCGAGUGACCCGGGGCCACAGGUUUUACCAUGGACACCAGUUCGGGUGCCGCCACACAGAACAAAGCCAGUUCUCAUGAGCUGCCUUUGGUAUGCAUUGCUGAAGUAACAUUUUACCCAGGGUGUGCCAUUGCAGUGAUAUAAAUAUAUUUUUUCCUAGACUAAA